ACAAAAAAUGCAGAGUUUUUGCAGGCUCUGUGGCCUGGAAGUGAGUCUUAAGGACAGUGAAAAUGUCUUAGAAUCAACGAAACUCUUGAAAAGUAUCAAAAUUUUAUUAAAUCUCGUUAUAAAGCCAGACGAUAGCUAUCAAAGAGUUUGCAUUUCGUGCAGUCAAAAAGUUCAAAACUUUUUUGUUUAUUACGAGGAAGUGCACAAAAUUCAAGUAGAUUUGGACAAUCGAAAGCUCAAAGACUUUAUUCCGAUAAGUCCCAAGAUAGAAAUUGAAGACGACAGCUGUUUAACAUUCACUGCCGAGUUAAACAUCAAGCAAGAACCCGAACCAACUGAUCAAGUAAUUGCCGAUGUUGUUUGCAAAGAAGACGAAGAUUUCGACUUACCUGUUGAUAAUUGUUUUGAGGACAAUUUAGAUGACGAUGAAGCUGACAAGUCUCCGGAGGACAAUGACUCGAAAAAAGCUGAAUACAAAGAAUUAUCGGAAAAAAUUAAUAAAUUUUUCGAUUUCACGUGUAAAAAGUGCGAUUUGGAUCUUGGGAAUCCUUUCGGGUACCAAUUACACAUGAAACGAAGGCACAAAAAACCAAAUGCCAAAAUAACUUGCUGCGGUAUCGAAAUCCCGAGUGUCAGAAGAGACUUGGUCGUUCACUACUAUUCACACACAAACGUUGAGGCGAUUUCUUGUCGUUUUUGCGGGAAGAAAUGCAAAUCAAUCACUUACCUGAAAAAACACGAACGAAAUCACAUUGAAAAACUCACAAAAUCCGCGCAAGUCGCAUGUGAGGAAUGCGGCAAAAUGAUGGUCAACAGUAGAUCUCUGCGACAACACAUGGUUAAUUUCCACAAACCCAUCGAAGAACGACAACAAUUCCAAUGCGAUUAUUGUGGCAAAAUUUUACACACAAAAUCCUCAUUAGUAACGCACUUUUUACAAAAGCACAAAGUGGGAAAAGCUAGACCAGUGAAAAAACAAACUGAAGAAGCUGUUCUUUGUCCUGUUUGUGCAAAAUCAUUCCAAACUGAUGCUGGAUUCCGAUGUCAUUUCAAAGCGACGCAUGAUAUUGAAAAAGUUAUUUGUCCCGAAUGUGGUCAAGAAGUUAACAAAGUUUCACUGAAAAAUCACAUCAAACGUCAACACGAUCAUGUUAAAGCGACCUGUGAUAUUUGUCUCAAAGAAUUCCGGAACAUCCACACAGUUCUGCAGCACAAAAACCGGGUGCAUAUUGAACCGCGACACUGUUGCGACAUGUGCGAUAAAAAGUUCAAAACGAAGGACAAAUUAAGAGACCACCGAAGAGGACAUUUUGUCGAAAAUCGCUUUCAUUGUGAUUUAUGCACGGUAACUUGUAACGAUUACUCGAACAUGUUGAAACAUCGCAAGCAGGUUCAUCAAGCGCCUCCUAUUCCUAAAGGGAUGGGGAGAAAAAUAUUAGAAAUUGGAUUUCAAGCUUAAAUUUAAAAAGAAUUUUAAUUUAUAAAAAAAAUCACAUUUUUAAUAAAAAAAAAAAUAUUUAAAUAAAAAUCAAUAAUUUCAUCUAAAAAUAGCAAAA